GCUGUGGAAAAAGCGAGAACAAUCCGAUUCCCAUCCGAUUCCGUGGUUUCGUUUCUGAAGACACGGAGUGUCAAUUCAUUUUGUUUUAUGCGGUUUAUGCAGUGCAGUAUUCUAGUAUUUCAUUAGAAAGUUUAUCAGUGAUAAUCAAGAAAGAUGAAUUGUCCAUUCAACGAUGAACAGCUGUCACAAUUAAAAGCAUUUGUCGAGUUUUGCAAAGGAGAACCGCAGAUUAUUCAUCAUCCAAAACUAACGUUCUUUAAAGAUUACCUCGCAUCUUUAGGGGUAACUAUUCCGGCCCCAACCUUUGGUACUAAGAACUUUACACCUUCCGGCGAUACCAACACGGCAAAUAGCAAUGCUGAGGAAAAAGGUCACUCGUCAUCUGAUGAGGAAUCAACAGCUGAGUCUGAUGUUGAACUGGAUAUGGAAGGUGUCAUAGAACCAGACAUAGUUGACAAUUCUCAAGUUAUGGGUGAUUUGGAAAAGGAAGUCACAGAUGAGGAAAGAGAUCAGUCUGAUGAAAAGAGGUCUGAAGCAAUGAGAGCAUUCUCGGAGCAACAGUUUGAUGAAGCCAUCAAACUGUAUAAUGAAGCUAUACAACUAAACCCGCAGAGUGCUUUACUUUUUGCUAAACGAGGACAGGUAUAUCUUAAGAUGAACAAACCAAAUGCUUGCAUCAAAGACUGUACACAUGCUCUCGAACUCAAUUGUGACAGUGCUGCAGCGUACAAAUUCCGUGGACGUGCAUACAGGUUACUGGGCAAAUUCGAAGAGGCUUCUCACGAUCUUUGCGAAUCUCUGAAGAUUGACUAUGAUGAUCAAACUAAUGAGUGGCUGACUGAGGUCAAACCUAACGCCGAAAAACUACGCCAACACAAGCUUAGUGCACAACGCAAGAAAGAAGAAAGAGAGCAUCGUGAGAAGUUGCGCAGAGCUCGCAAAGCGCAAGAGGCUCGCGCCCGCGCCGCCCGCGCCCAGGCCGAGGCCAGCGCGCGCGCGCCCCCCGCCGGCGCCUUCCCGGGCGCGGGCGCCGGCGCCGGCGGCGGCUUCCCCGCCGGACUCAACCCGCAAGACUUCAGCAACCUUCUGUUUGACCAAGAAAUAAUGGCCGCCUUCCAGGAUCCAGAGGUGGCUCUAGCAUUCCAGGAUGUGUCCUCUAAUCCAGCUAACUUCGUAAAGUACCAAAACAAUCCGAAAAUUGCUGCAGUUAUAGAGAAACUUCAAUCUAAACUCGGAAAGGGUGGUGCAGGUGGUUUCCCAGGAUUUGGUGGCGCUGGGGGUGCUGGGGGCGCACCCGGAGCGGGAGGACCGAAAGGACCGACGGAUGAUGAUUUUGGGCUAGAUUAGAGUACAUCAUCCAAUUGGGCUCCAAACUCAUGUAGUGUGUAAUGUAACGAUAAUACUAGUUUUUUCGGAAACACCUUCACCUAGUCGCUUAAUCUAAUUGUUGGGGUUGGCAUCCAUUUUCUCCAGACACUUUUUGUCAGGCCUUACCAAUUUAGGUGUCCCAGUUUUUUUUACUUAUAUGAAAGCUUUAUUCCGUAGGUUCGAGCUGAUGCUGAGUGUUCUCGUAACAUUACACAUAACCUGUAUGGAUCCUCCAGCUUUAUAAUAUGCAAUAUUUGAUAUCCUAGUAAUCAGUAUUGCAAAUUCACUUAGUAUAUAAAGUUACAUAAUAGCACUCGUAUAAUAUUGAGUGGUUUAUGUGAACACUCAUAAACACCCAUGUGUGUAUAUUCUAGACAGUUGAUAAGUUUAUGCUAUGUCCUAAUUUAAGCAACGAAUUUUUUAAAUUCCAGUUUUGUAGAUUACUGAUGCUUAAUUUCGUCUUCAAAAAGACUAAUGUUACUCCUUAAAAUCUAGAAUGAAUUCAUCACAUUAUUCAUUUAAAUUGAUAAUCACACAUGAUGUUUUUGAUUAAUUAGUGCCUAAUGUGGUUUAUACCGUAUAAUUUACCACAACAUUUUAUGUCAUUAGCAAUUAAAUUUCUUAAAUUUCCUAUGGCCAUAUUACUUAUUUUUUAUGGAGUAAGUUCUUAUUCUAAGGACUGUCGAUUGCAUUUGAUCACAGCAUUCUGUUGUAAUUCAAUCUCAUAAUUAUAUGUUAUUUGUAUAAUGUGUAUUGUAUAAAAUAUUAUAUUUUUAUUUAAAUACUUUUUGUAUAGGUACAUGUUACGUUUCUUCUCAAUUUUGUUCUCUCUCAAACAAUAAGAUCAAAACAAUAACUUCUAACAGACCUGUUGGUUAUAUUGUAUAGUUUAGUUAAAAGUACAGAACAAUAUAAUUUUUCGCACUGCAAAAUUAAAUUACCCGAUUGAGGAACAUUCAAUUUAUAUAAUUAAUGUUUAUAAAAUAAAAGUAUGUAAAAGG